AUUAUUACAUUACUUACUUAACUUACAAUAUGUCUGACGAAUUACAUUCUGGUGCUCAAACACCAGUCAAUGACUCUUCAAUUCUUUCAAAAGAAGACGUUGAACAAUCCAAGAUCCCUGAUGAACAACAAAUCAGAGAUGAAUUACCGGUUUUACCAGAGAAGAAAGCCAGUGAUUAUGUACUUGUUUCCAUGUUUUGUUUCUUAGUUGCCUUUGGUGGUUUCGUUUUUGGUUUCGAUACCGGUACUAUUUCUGGGUUUGUUAAUAUGGGAGAUUUUGUUAAAAGAUUUGGUACUCAUCAUGCUGAUGGUACUCAUAGUUUAUCAACCAUUAGAACCGGGUUAAUUGUUUCUAUUUUCAAUGUUGGUUGUGCCGUUGGUGGUAUUUUCUUAUCAAAAGUUGCUGAUGUUUAUGGUAGAAGAAUUGGUCUUAUGUUUUCCAUGAUUGUUUAUAUUGUUGGUAUUAUUAUUCAAAUUUCAAGUCAACAUGCUUGGUACCAAUAUUUUAUUGGUAGAUUAAUUACUGGUUUAGCUGUUGGUAUUGUUUCAGUUUUAUCUCCUUUAUUCAUUAGUGAAUCUGCUCCUAAAAAAAUUAGAGGUACUUUAGUUUGUUGUUUCCAAUUAUGUAUUACUUUGGGUAUCUUUUUAGGUUACUGUACUACUUAUGGUACUAAAACUUACGAUGACUCCAGACAAUGGAGAAUCCCAUUAGGUUUAUGUUUUGCUUGGGCCAUUAUGAUGGUUGUUGGUAUGAUUUCAAUGCCAGAAUCUCCUCGUUAUCUUGUUGAAAAAAAUAGAAUUGAAGAUGCUAAAAAAUCAAUUGGUACUUCAAAUAAAGUUAGUGUUGAAGAUCCUGCAGUUUAUACCGAAAUUCAAUUAAUUCAAGCUGGUAUCGAAAGAGAAAGAUUGGCUGGUAGUGCUUCUUGGACCGAAUUAGUCACUGGUAAACCAAAAAUUUUAAGAAGAGUUGUUAUGGGUAUGUUUUUACAAUCUUUACAACAAUUAACCGGUGAUAAUUAUUUCUUUUACUAUGGUACUACUAUUUUUAAAGCUGUUGGUUUGAAAGAUUCUUUCCAAACUUCAAUCAUUUUAGGUAUUGUUAAUUUUGCAUCUACUUUCGUUGGUAUUUGGGCUAUUGAAAGAUUUGGUAGAAGAUUAUGUUUAUUAACUGGUUCUUCUUGUAUGUUUAUUUGUUUCAUCAUUUAUUCUGUCUUGGGUUCCGUCCAUUUAUAUAAAGAUGGUUAUGAUGGUCCAACUUAUGUUCCAACUGGUAACGCUAUGAUUUUCAUUACUUGUCUUUACAUUUUCUUCUUUGCCUCAACUUGGGCUGGUGGUGUUUAUACCAUUGUUUCUGAAUCUUACCCAUUAAGAAUUAGAUCAAAAGCUAUGGCUGUUGGUUCUGCUUGUAACUGGAUGUGGGGUUUCCUUAUUUCUUUCUUUACUCCUUUAAUCACCGCUAGAAUUCAUUUCUACUACGGGUUUGUCUUUGCUGGUUGUUUACUUUUCUCCCUUUUCUACGUUUUCUUCUACGUUAAUGAAACUAAAGGCUUGACUUUGGAAGAAGUUGAUGAAUUAUAUGCUCAAGGUGUUCUUCCUUGGAAAUCAUCUUCUUGGGUUCCUCCAUCAACCGAACAAAUGGCUACCACCACUGGUUACGCUGCUGAAAGCAAACCAGAAAACGAACAUGUUUAAUUUUAAAAUUUUCUUUAAUCUUUUAUUUUAAUAACUUUUAAUAAGUUUAUGACUUUUAAUCUCUUGCAUUUAGCAUACUGACGAUUUAUAUUAAUGUACAUAUAUGUUUACUAUUAUCUAUUGUAAUUUAUUACUUGUAAUUGACAAAUCCUACAGUAAAUCAAACAAUUACCGUAAAUCAAAGAAUUACCGUAAAUCAAAGUAUUAAUUACCGUGCUCAGGGCAUACUGAAUGGCAGUAUAGUGCUAAAGUGACUGUGCUUAAGUGAUAACUACUAAGAGGACAAACCUAAACCAGAAUACCGCAAAGUGACAGCAUAAUAAUUAGUCUAAUUGGUCUACUGCUUA